GGGCCGCCUGAGUGGAGGCCGAGUCCGACGCAAAUAGGGCGUUCGAGCCAGUAUCGGCCGAGGCGCUGAGAAGCCGGUGUGGCCCGGGAGAGGGUGGAGACGGCCCCUGUGACGCCGGGCUUCCCAGCUGCCCGAAGUGGGAGUGGUGUGGGCUGGAGGAAGGAGAGAGGAAGAGGAGCCCAAGGGGUAGCGGCGGCCGCGGCCAACGGCUUCCUUGAGCGCUGACAGGCUGGGCCGGCGCCCGGCGCGCUCCGGAGUUGGUGCCGCCGCCUCGGCCGCUCGGCCCUGGGCCCGGACUCGCGGCGCGCGUCGGGGCGGACAGCUGCUGCGGCCGCGCGGGGACAGGCCCGGGGCUCGCCGCCCAGGGAUGUGAGUGGGAGCCGACCCCGCGCGGGAGGGCCCGGGAGGGCCCAGCCUGGCGGACGCCGGGACCCCUGCCCACGCCGGGGGCUCCGCGAAUUGCGGCCCGCCGCAGCCCCUGCGGGCCGGGGGGCGCGUCCCCGCCGCGGGAUCGGUGCAGCUGGUUUCAGAAGCAGGCGAGGGAACAAGAUGUGAACUGUUGCGCUUCUGAAGAAAAAGGCCCUUCCUCCCCUUCCCGCGAAGAUCUGUUGGGGAACACAGUUCUGCUGUGGAGGAGCAAAGGUCCGUAAAGCACUCCAGAAGUAACAAGGCAAAUGUUCUGAAUAAAACUCUGCUUGGGAAUGGCUUGCCUUACAAUGACAGAAAUGGAAGGAACAUCCGUAUCUCCUGUACAACAGAAUGGUGAUAUUCCUGGAAACGCGAAUCCCGUGAAGCAAAUAGAUCCACUCCUACAGGUGUAUCUUUAUCAUUCUCUUGAGAAAGCCGAAGGAGAGUAUCUGAAGUUUCCAACUGGGGAGUAUGUUGCAGAAGAAAUUUGUGUUGCUGCUUCUAAAGCUUGUGGAAUCACACCUGUGUAUCAUAGUAUGUUUGCUUUAAUGAGUGAAACAGAAAGGAUUUGGUAUCCGCCCAACCAUGUCUUCCAUAUAGAUGAAUCAGCCAGGCACAAUGUACUCUACAGAAUAAGAUUUUACUUUCCUUACUGGUAUUGUAAUGGCAGCAACAGAACCUAUCGGCAUGGGAUAUCUCGAGGUGCUGAAGCUCCUCUUCUUGACGACUUUGUCAUGGCCUACCUUUUUGCUCAGUGGCGGCAUGAUUUUUUACAUGGAUGGAUAAAAAUACCCGUGACCCAUGAAACACAGGAAGAAUGUCUUGGAAUGGCUGUGUUAGAUAUGAUGAGACUAGCCAAAGAGAAGGAUCAAACCCCACUGGACAUCUAUAGCUCUAUCAGCUACAAGACAUUCUUACCAAAAUGUGUUCGAGCAAAGAUCCAAGACUAUCAUAUUUUGACAAGGAAACGAAUAAGGUACAGAUUUCGCAGAUUUAUUGAGCAAUUCAGCCAUUGCAAAGCCACUGCCAGAAACUUGAAACUUAAGUAUCUUAUAAAUCUGGAAGCUCUUCAGUCUGCCUUCUACACAGAGCAGUUUGAAGUAAAAGAACCUGGAAGAGGGCCUUCAGGUGAGGAGAUUUUUGCAACCGUUAUAAUAACUGGAAACGGUGGAAUUCAGUGGUCAAGAGGGAAACAUAAAGAAAGUGAGACUCUGGCAGAACAGGAUUUACAGUUAUAUUGUGACUUUCCUGAUAUUAUUGAUGUUACUAUUAAGCAAGCAAGCCAAGAAGGCUCAAAUGAAAGUAGAAUUGUAACUAUCCAUAAGCAAGAUGGUAAAAAUCUGGAAAUUGAACUUUGCUCAUUAAGAGAAGCUUUGUCCUUUGUGUCAUUAAUUGAUGGCUAUUAUAGAUUAACUGCAGAUGCACAUCAUUACCUCUGUAAAGAAGUAGCACCUCCAAUGGUCCUUGAAAAUAUACAAAGCAACUGUCAUGGCCCAAUUUUAAUGGAUUUUGCCAUCAGUAAACUGAAGAAAGCAGGUAAUCAGACUGGACUCUAUGUACUUCGAUGCAGUCCUAAGGACUUUAAUAAGUAUUUUCUGACUUUUGCUGUAGAGCGAGAAAAUGUCAUCGAAUAUAAGCACUGUUUGAUUACAAAAAAUGAGAAUGGAGAAUACAACCUCAGUGGUACCAAGAAGAACUUCAGUAAUCUUAAAGAUCUUUUGAAUUGCUACCAAAUGGAAACUGUUCGCUCAGACAGUAUAAUUUUCCAGUUUACUAAAUGCUGCCCCCCAAAGUUGAAAGAUAAAUCAAACCUUCUAGUCUUCAGAACCAAUGGCGUUUCUGAUGUUCCAACAUCACCAACAUUACAAAGGCAUAAUAAUGUGAACCAAAUGGUGUUUCACAAAAUCAGAAAUGAAGAUUUGGUGUUUAAUGAAAGCCUUGGUCAAGGCACUUUUACAAAAAUUUUUAAAGGUAUAAGAAGAGAAGUAGGAGACUAUGGUCAACUACAUGAAACAGAAGUUCUGUUAAAAGUUCUGGAUAAAGCGCACAGAAACUAUUCAGAGUCUUUCUUUGAAGCAGCAAGCAUGAUGAGCCAGCUUUCUCACAAGCAUCUAGUUUUAAAUUAUGGAGUAUGUGUCUGUGGGGAAGAGAAUAUUCUGGUUCAAGAGUUCGUAAAAUUUGGAUCACUAGAUACAUAUCUGAAAAAGAAUAAAAAUUCUAUAAAUAUAUUAUGGAAACUUGAAGUGGCUAAACAGUUGGCAUGGGCCAUGCAUUUUCUAGAAGAAAAAGCACUUAUUCAUGGGAAUGUGUGUGCCAAAAAUAUUCUGCUUAUCAGAGAAGAAGACAGGAAGACAGGAAAUCCUCCUUUCAUCAAGCUUAGUGAUCCUGGCAUUAGUAUUACAGUUUUGCCAAAGGACAUUCUUCAGGAGAGAAUACCAUGGGUACCACCUGAAUGCAUCGAAAAUCCUAAAAAUCUAAAUUUGGCAACAGACAAAUGGAGUUUUGGUACCACCUUGUGGGAAAUCUGCAGUGGAGGAGAUAAGCCUCUGAGUGCUUUGGAUUCUCAAAGAAAGCUACAGUUUUAUGAAGAUAAGCACCAGCUUCCUGCACCAAAGUGGACAGAAUUAGCAAAUCUUAUUAAUAAUUGUAUGGAUUAUGAACCAGAUUUUAGGCCUUCUUUCAGAGCCAUCAUACGAGAUCUUAAUAGUUUGUUUACUCCAGAUUAUGAACUAUUAACAGAGAAUGACAUGUUACCAAAUAUGAGAAUAGGUGCCCUAGGGUUUUCUGGUGCUUUUGAAGACCGAGACCCUACACAGUUUGAAGAGAGACACUUGAAAUUUCUACAGCAACUUGGUAAGGGUAAUUUUGGCAGUGUGGAGAUGUGCCGGUAUGACCCUCUACAAGACAACACUGGGGAGGUGGUGGCUGUGAAGAAGCUCCAGCAUAGUACUGAGGAGCACCUGAGAGACUUUGAGAGGGAAAUUGAAAUCCUUAAAUCCCUGCAGCAUGACAACAUUGUGAAGUACAAGGGAGUGUGCUACAGUGCUGGUCGGCGUAAUCUAAGAUUAAUUAUGGAAUAUUUACCAUAUGGAAGUUUACGAGACUAUCUCCAAAAACAUAAAGAACGGAUAGAUCAUAAAAAACUUCUGCAGUAUACAUCUCAGAUAUGCAAGGGCAUGGAGUAUCUUGGUACAAAAAGGUAUAUCCACAGGGAUCUGGCAACAAGGAAUAUAUUGGUAGAAAACGAAAACAGGGUUAAAAUUGGAGAUUUUGGGUUAACCAAAGUCUUGCCACAAGACAAAGAAUACUACAAAGUGAAAGAACCUGGUGAAAGUCCCAUAUUCUGGUAUGCUCCAGAAUCACUGACAGAGAGCAAGUUUUCUGUGGCUUCAGAUGUUUGGAGCUUUGGAGUGGUUCUGUAUGAACUUUUCACAUAUAUUGAGAAGAGUAAAAGUCCCCCAGCGGAAUUUAUGCGUAUGAUUGGCAAUGACAAACAAGGACAGAUGAUUGUCUUUCAUUUGAUAGAACUCCUAAAGAAUAAUGGAAGAUUACCAAGACCAGAUGGAUGUCCAGAUGAGAUUUAUUUGAUCAUGACAGAAUGCUGGAACAAUAAUGUCAAUCAACGCCCCUCUUUUAGAGACCUAGCUCUUCGAGUUGAUCAAAUAAGGGACAACAUGGCUGGAUGAAAGAAACGAACUUCACUCUGAGACCAAAAUAGACUUACAGAACAAAGUUUUGUAUUUCACAUUACUGUGGACUAUUAUUACAUAUACCAUUGUUAUGUAUAUCAUGAUGCUAGCCAGCAAAGAUGUGGAAAUAUCCGUUCAAAACUUUCAAAGUUUAGUGAGUUUUUCUUCAUGAGGACAUCAGUGAAAAGACUUGAUGAGAAGUCCUUAGCAAAGAAUUUUGUAAAAAGUUUUACAAACCUAAUCAGUCAGUUAACAUAACUUUUCUUUGGCAAAAGAAAAAAAUAGGCUUUUUUUCAACUCAGAAUUUUGAAAGAUGAAAAAAUUGUAAUGUAAAUUUUGCAAUGUUGAAGAUGCACAGAAUAUGUAUAUACAGUUUUUACCACAGUGAAUGUAUAAUACCUUGGCAUCUUGUGUGAUGUUUUACACAAGGGCUGGUAUUCAUUGGUAAUGUUUCCUAAUUUUUCCAUAGUUGAUAUACAAUAAUGUCACUAUACAAAUUAUGAUGCUCAGAUAAUUGAAUAAGCACCUUGUGUUCCUGUUCAUCUGUAUCACUGGCCAGCAAUAUAAGCAGAUGUACACUUUUAGCUUGUAGUUCUAUGUACUGUAAAUAUUUUUCAAAGCAAAGGGAACAAAUGUUUAGUUUCGUUUGUAUAGGAAAUUUCCCUGACCCUAAAGAAUACAUUUUGAAAUGGAACAAGUUUACAAAGAUAUAACACAAUCUAUUUUCUUAUUUGUCUCCCUUGUAUCUGUUUGUGGUGAGUAUGUUUUUAAAAUAGAACUAUCUCCAAAUUUUUCUAAGACUACAGUGAAUAGUUUUCUUUUAUAAUUUUGAGAUUAUGAAUGCCAGGAAUAUUGUCAUCCAUUUAGCUCUUGGCUGCUAAUAAGAUUUUUCAAUCCCUGGGACCUUUGGUCAUGCAUUAAAUUUAAGCAUAAGCCAUAAAAUAUAUUGUUUUUUAAAUGUAUGUGCUUAUUAAGAUGCAUAAUAGGUUAGGAAUUUUUUUCUAAAGAAUAUAUAUUUUAGGGGGUUUCAGAAAUCUCUUGCAGUCAUAGAAAAGAUUUCCUUUUGUUAGAUUCUCAUAUACAAGGGAGAAAUGAGGAUAAAUUGGUGAAAAAGUAUGCUUGUUAAUUUUAUUCAAGAAUGCCAGUAGAAAAUUCAUAAUGUAUGUCUUUAAGACGAAUGAGAGAUACAUAUUUUCAAUUAAGUAUAAAGAAUUAUUUGUUGUUAUGUCCUUUGUUUUAGUGCUAUUCCAAAGUGGAAACCAUACCUAAAAUGUGGUGGGGGGGGGGUUGUGUGUGUUAUUUAUACAAAGCUUAAAAUACUUAGUAUUUCAGUUAAAAAGAAAAUAGUUUAUUUUCAGUGGUAUAUGCUAUUUUUUUAAAUGUGUACUUAAAAACUUUUGAUUAUCUAUUUUUGGAGCUGGCUUUGAAAUGCAAAUUAUAUAAGAAAAAAUUGCCUCAGACAUAAAAUUUGAGAUUUUUUGGUUGGAAGGAAGGAAAGGGUAGAAAUGCUUUUUACAUUAUCUUUAAAGCAUUUCAGUAGUUACCAAAUGCAGAAAACAUCUACAGUGAUAGUAUAUUAGAUUUUAAAUAAGAUUUCUGAUGUUUUAAUGAAAGUUGAAUAUAAUUUUUAUUUAAUUUGUGGACUCCUCAAAGAUCUGUAUACAUAAUGCAAUUAAGAGAUCUUCCGUGCUGCUACUUUUCACGUCAAAAGUAGCAUAUCGUACAAUAUGCUUGAUUUCAGAAACUUAAGUACUUAAAAAGCAGAUUUUUAAAGGUUUAUAACAUUAUGUUUGUUUUUAAAACAAAGGUAUUAAUUAGAUUACUUAAAAUUUUUUUCUCUUAAUGUUUCAGUUUUUAGUUUUAGGGAAAAUAAUCCCACAUAAACAUUCUGAAGUAAAAGUGGGAUGACUACCUUAUUGUAAAAUUCCUAAGUUUGCAGGAGAAUUAUUCAUUGAAGAUUUGCAAUGUUUUAAAUUUUUAUUCUGACUGUGCAUAAAAAGAAGUUAACCUGCAGCUGUUCAGUUGGUUCUGCACAAGAAAUAGGUAAGUAAUUAUUGUAUCAGUUAAUGCCAAAAUGUUUCUUCAAGUUAAUAUUCUUUAGAAAUGAGGGUAAAGAUUUUCUUAGAAUUCUGUAAUUCUGUAAAUAUUUCAGUACAUUAAGUUAUAUAAUCUUUAUAUAAAUAAUGCUCUACAUCCAUGGCUACUUUGGGAAAUAGUCACUUUCACAUGUUACCCAUAUAUAUGCUGCCAGUUGCACUAUAAUUUGCUGUGAAAAGGUGUUUUCUUACAACAUAAGACUUAAGCUUUAAAGUCAAGUGAAAUUUUUAUCACAAAUACAACUUCUGAUAUUUAACUUUUAUUUAAAUACUUUUAUUGUGGAGUAGAAAUAAGAAAGUACCUAUAGUUCUAUACCUGGGGAGCCAUUCUCCAUGGGAGUAGCAUUAUGUGGUCUGCUUAUUGAGACUGUGUUAUUUUCUUUAUUGUGCCUUUAGCAUGUUUCCACAAAAUUGAAAUAUUGGUGUAAUAAAUAUUCAGAAGUUAUUUUCUUUUUUAUUGUCACCUAACCAAGGAAGUGGGGGGUUAUACACACUGAUAUAGGGAUAUGCAGAGAAAGCCUUUUGUAAAAAAUAGUGAACUUAUUUUUUGAUUUUUUUAAGAAGCGCUUCCUAAGAUUGUUAACUACUAAUGUGCUCUUUAUGAACAUCAUUGUAUCCACUCCAGUUCUGGUAUUUAAAUUAUUUCUAAUGAAAGGUUUUUUUUUCUAAUUUUUCAGUGUAACUUAUUACAGAUCUUUCAGUUUGCUGUAUUAGAAUAAAUAAUAACAGUAAGUAUAAGUCAGCAGGAUUAGCCAAACAAAAGACUAGGUUAUAUGUGAUAAGAUUCAUUUUAUUUAAGAAAAAAAAUAUCAGAGUAUGGAUCUGAAAAAAUUCUUUAUGUUUACUCACAGAUUUGGGUUGACUAUACUUAAUUUCAAGAUAAUUAGCACUAAGUGUUUCAUGAUGCUGACAGGAACAUUUAGAGAGAUUUCAGAAUGACAAAGAAGAGAAUUUAAAAACUUUCAUAUUAAUCAAAUUCAUGUAAUAUGCAUAUCAGAUGGCCUUUAACUUUUACUAUGAAUCAAAUUUUUAGUAAAGUGUACAUUAUAUCCUGAAUAUUAAAAUAUUUAAUUUUGUAAUCUUA